AUGACUUACAGAGACGCAGCCACGGCACUGGAGCACCUGGCGACGUACGCCGAGAAGGACGGGCUGUCCGUGGAGCAGUUGAUGGACUCCAAGACGCGGGGCGGGUUGACGUACAACGACUUCCUGGUCUUGCCGGGCAAGAUCGACUUCCCAUCGUCGGAGGUGGUGCUGUCGUCGCGCCUGACCAAGAAGAUCACCUUGAACGCGCCGUUUGUGUCGUCGCCGAUGGACACGGUGACGGAGGCCGACAUGGCGAUCCACAUGGCGCUCCUGGGCGGCAUCGGGAUCAUCCACCACAACUGCACUGCGGAGGAGCAGGCGGAGAUGGUGCGCCGGGUCAAGAAGUACGAAAACGGGUUCAUCAACGCCCCCGUGGUCGUGGGGCCGGACGCGACGGUGGCGGACGUGCGCCGGAUGAAGAACGAGUUUGGGUUUGCAGGAUUUCCUGUGACAGAUGAUGGCAAGCCGACCGGGAAGCUGCAGGGGAUCAUCACGUCCCGUGACAUCCAGUUUGUCGAGGACGAGACCCUGCUUGUGUCUGAGAUCAUGACCAAGGACGUCAUCACUGGGAAGCAGGGCAUCAACCUCGAGGAGGCGAACCAGAUCCUGAAGAACACCAAGAAGGGCAAGCUGCCAAUUGUGGACGAGGCGGGCUGCCUGGUGUCCAUGCUUUCGAGAACUGACUUGAUGAAGAACCAGUCCUACCCAUUGGCCUCCAAGUCUGCCGACACCAAGCAGCUGCUCUGUGGUGCUGCGAUCGGCACCAUCGACGCGGACAGGCAGAGACUGGCGAUGCUGGUCGAGGCCGGUCUGGACGUUGUUGUGCUAGACUCCUCGCAGGGUAACUCGGUCUUCCAGAUCAACAUGAUCAAGUGGAUCAAGGAGACCUUCCCAGACCUGCAGGUCAUUGCUGGCAACGUGGUCACCAGAGAGCAGGCUGCCAGCUUGAUCCACGCCGGCGCAGACGGGUUGCGUAUCGGUAUGGGCUCUGGCUCCAUCUGUAUCACUCAGGAGGUGAUGGCCUGUGGUAGACCACAGGGUACCGCUGUCUACAACGUCACGCAGUUCGCCAACCAGUUUGGUGUGCCAUGUAUUGCUGACGGUGGUGUCCAGAACAUCGGGCACAUUACCAAAGCUAUCGCUCUUGGCGCGUCCACCGUCAUGAUGGGCGGUAUGCUGGCAGGCACUACAGAGUCUCCAGGCGAGUACUUCUUCAGGGACGGGAAGAGACUGAAGACCUACAGAGGUAUGGGCUCCAUCGACGCCAUGCAAAAGACUGAUGUCAAGGGUAACGCCGCUACCUCCCGUUACUUCUCUGAGUCUGACAAGGUUCUGGUCGCUCAGGGUGUUACUGGUUCUGUGAUCGACAAGGGCUCCAUCAAGAAGUACAUUCCAUAUCUGUACAAUGGUCUACAGCACUCGUGCCAGGAUAUCGGUGUGCGCUCUCUAGUGGAGUUCAGAGAGAAGGUGGACUCUGGCUCGGUCAGAUUUGAGUUCAGAACUCCAUCUGCCCAGUUGGAGGGUGGUGUGCACAACUUGCACUCCUACGAGAAGCGCCUAUUUGACUGA